AUGAGUGUGGAGUCUCUAAAACAAAACAAAUCUGUUCGCUGGGUGGAUGAACAGAACUUCAAGUCGGAGGAGUUCGGACCUCCAAACUUUGAUGAGUACCCAAGAUCAUUCAAAUGGAGACAGUUUAAAAAGGGAUUCUCCUGGGGAUUCUUGAUGACAUCAACUGUAGUGGUGCAAUACUAACUUUACAUGCACGUAAUAAGACCAGCAGAGAAGUCUCUUACUUCUGCGUUCACAUAGUCAGGCGUCUAUGGUCUAGGCAUAGGAAUUGCAUUUGGAUUCUAUGAGAUUUACAAUCACCCUCAAAUCAUUCACUAGCAGUUUAAGGUAGUUUCUGAUGAAGAGUAUAGACAAAUGCAAGCGAGAAGACAAAUCUCUGAGCCUAAAACUCAGCCUGCUCUUAAAGAUAAUAGCAAAGAGUCAAAGCAAUAGUGA